AUGAAGGUCUCCAUCUCCAUCUUCACUAUCGCCGCCGUCAUGGCCAGCACCGCUUAUGGAUGCUUCAGCUGCCACGACUGCCCUGGUGAUCAAGUUUGCUUUUUUGCUGCGACCCACGGCACUGGCGGUAUUGGCGGAUGUGUUGAGCCCACUGACAGCAUUUGCUUCGCUGGAGAGGGAUUCUGCGAUACCGACACCUGCGAAUAA